UGAGUUACUAAAGAUCAGUCGAGUCAAAUCUGAUGUUGGAGCAGGUUAUUGGGUGAAGUGUGGAGCUGAUGAGUUCUACAGACGUAAAUGAUGAUCUCUUCAGUUCUCUCGUCUCUUUUGAUGAUCUGAGAGAAUCUGUCCAUCAGCUGAGAGACAAACUGGAGGAUUUCUGCAAAGAGGAGCUCGAGAAGAUCUCAGACAGAGAAACAUUCACCAACAUUGUUCCCAGGACCAGGAACCACUUCCUACAAUAUUCCCGUCAGUUCACUCUGGAUCUGAACACAGCACAUAAACUCCUCCGUCUGUCUGAGAGCAACAGAGUGAUUACUAACACUGACACAGUCCAGUCGUAUCCUGAUCAUCCAGACAGAUUUGAUUAUUGGUAUCAGGUGUUGUGUAGAGAGAGUGUGUGUGGACGCUGUUACUGGGAGCUGGAGUGGAGUGCUGGUAGAAAUGGUUUUGUGUAUAUAUCAGUGUCAUAUAAGAGCAUCAGCAGGAAGGGAGAUGGUGAUGAGUGUAGGUUUGGAGCUAAUGAUCAGUCCUGAUGUUUGUUCUGCUCUCGCUCCAGAUACUCAUUCAGACACAAUAAGAUAAAGACUAAUCUCUCUGUGAAGUCCAUCAUCAGGAGAAUAGGAGUGUUUGUGGAUCACGGUGCAGGAACUCUGUCCUUCUACAGCGUCUCUGACACAAUGAGCCUCAUCCACACACUCCAGACCACAUUCACUCAGCCGCUCUAUCCUGGGUUUACUCUUGGUUCUGGAUCAUCAGUGAAACUGUGUUGAUGAAUCAGAAUAGAUUGGUGAGAGAUUCUUCCCAUAAAGGCCGGGACACACCAAGCCGACUUCAAAGAACUAGCGGCGAUGAAAGCCAGCGGUGUUGUCACCUCACUUCAGACCAAAAAGCAGCACUUGAACACACCGCACAGACUACAGCUGACGGCAAACUAACAUGUGCGUUCUGCGCAUGCGUGAGAGAAAUUGUCCAUAUCAGCAGCUAUCAAUAGUAUAUAUUCGUCAUUCAAAAGGAGAAACCGAAACAAAGAUAUACCAGAUAAACGCAGAUAUAUGAAACAUAAACAAAGCAGCGCUUGCUUACCAUUUUGAAUAUCAGUAAUGUUGAUCACUUUAAUAAUUUUAAGCGGCUCAUGUUGUUAUGAAAACAUUUGUGUAUUAGAAUGAUUGAGAAAGAUCACGUAACAUUUAAACAGCCUUCUGUCUGUACCGCCUUCAUUUACAUGCUUGUUUUCAUCACUUUAUCUUUAAUUCUCGUGCACUGACUCGUUUGCUUAACUGAACAUCCAAUCAGAGUUCUCACACUCGCCGACGAGUGGAACACACCAAACAAACUAGCCCGAUGCUUGGUGUGUCCCGGCCUUAAUGCUUUGAGCUGCAUGAUAAAUCAGUAACAGUGAGAUGUUAUAGAGUCUCUUCUUUUCUCUUCAUGACAUUAAUACUGCAGCUGAACUUCUGUCAGUGAAAUAACAUGAAUCAGAAUAAAUGUGUGUAAUAAAUCCU